AUGUUCUUAUGUAAGCCCUCAGUUGGCUAUCUUACAUUGCUAUGCAUUUGGCUUCCCAUUGCUGGUGCCAACCGGUCUUGCGAAAAGGUUCAUGAAGGAUUGCCCAAUGUCACAAUUCUUGCCACGGGAGGCACGAUCGCCAGUAGAGCUUCGUCCAAUACCCAGACCACCAAUUACAAGGUUGGCGUCGGUAUUGAAGCGCUGCUCGACGCCGUGCCUGAGAUUUGCAACAUAUCGAAUGUCUCUGGAGUCCAGGUAUCCAAUGUCGAUAGUGCGUCAAUCAACGGUACAAUUCUGCUCGACUUGACAGCUCGACUGAAGGCCGAGCUGGCGAAUCCAUCUGUGCAUGGUGUCGUUGUGACUCACGGGACAGACACUUUGGAAGAGACUGCUUUCUUUCUUGAACUGGUACUGAAUUCAACAAAGCCAGUGGUAGUGACAGGUGCAAUGAGACCAUCUACAGCGCUGAGUGCGGAUGGUCCAUUGAAUCUAUACCAGGCCGUCAAGUUAGCCGCAUCCAAGACAGCCUUUGAUCGAGGGGUGAUGGUUGUAUUGAAUGAUCGAAUCGGUAGUGCCUACACGUCAACAAAGAACCAUGCCAACUCCCUCGAUACUUUCCACGCGAACGAGCAAGGCCAGCUUGGCUUUUUCAUCGAUCAGACCCCCAAAUUCUACUAUUCAUCAUCGAAACCUCGGAACAAGCCACACUUUGAUGUGUCUGGUCAAAAAGAACUCCCGCCUGUGGAUAUUCUUUAUGGACACCAGGAGUCAAACUCUCAUCUCAUUCGAGCGUCGAUCGAAUCCGGGGCAAAGGGAAUCAUAUUCGCAGGGGUGGGAGCGGGUGGCUGGAGUCUUGACGGGUUAAAAGACGCCCAGAGCUUGUACAAUCAAUCAGGGAUCCCCAUGGUUUUCAGUCGACGGACCAAUGACGGGUUUGCGGGAGGAGACAGCAUCUAUUCCUUCCAAAUGACGAGCGGAUUCUUAAACCCACAAAAGAGCCGAGUCAUGCUUCAGCUCGCACUCAAUGCUGGAUCCACGAAUGAUGAAAUCCGGAACAUUUUUAACGCCCAGUGA